GCUGCUCCAAAGUGGGCCAGGCCAUUCUGACCAUCGCGACGCACCUCUGCCCAGCCGUGGGCUCUUACUGUCUCGGUUGAUGGUCAGGAGUUAAGCUAUCAUCUGUGGCCAUCACGAUGGAAGAAAUGGGCAAGACUGCUAUCCAGCUGCAGAGACCUAUAAAGACGGAGUGGAAUUCCCAGUGCGUCCUUUUCACCUAUUUCCAAGGGGACAUCGGCAGCGUCGUGGACGAACACUUCUCCAGAGCUCUGAGCAAUGUCAAGAGCCCCCAGGAACUGAGCCCCUUGAGCCAGAGUGCAGAUGUGAUCCUGAGGAAUGAUAGUGACAUGCCUCCAAAUCAGUGGCGUUUCUCUUCUCAGUGGACAAAGCCAGAGCCAGAAGCAUCUUUUGCAUAUGGUGCCACCAACUGCAGAUUCAAUGGGCCUGGUCUCAUGACCAUGGAUCAGUACCCGGUGUCCCUGGCGGGGAGCCCCUCCAUUCUGCCUGGCGAGCCGUGGCCGUACCCGUCCCCAGUCAGCCCCAACUCCUCAGAGCCUGGCUACUCUCACGCCUACUCCAGUGGGCACGUGGUGCCAGAGCCCCAGCCUGAUGGGAAAUAUGAGCCCUUCCUAAGCCUCCUCCAGCAGGACCUAUACCUCGCCCCUCCUCAGGAAUCUGCAGUGUGGGAGGACUCCAGCUCUGCCCCGAUGGCCGGAAGCACGGGAUUACUCUUCAAUGUGCCUGCCAGCUCAGCCCACUGUAAGGAAGGACCUCCAGACACUUGGAGGGCUGCCUCUGAUAAGAAGAUAUAUUUCCCCCCCGAUGGCGGACCUGCCAGUGCCAACCUUGUGAGUGAAAAAAGCCAGUCUCCAGAGAGAAGGGAUGUCUUCUUUUAUUGAAUUUCAGUCUGAAGAAGAGAAUUUCCUUUUCCCAAACCUCCCCAGGAUUUUCUACUGUGAAUCUAGAGGAUCAAGAGACCACACCGUCCUUUCCUCUUGCCGUCACUAAAGAGCAUUGUGCCAGGAGCAAGUUCCCGUUCUCCCUAAAAUUCGACACUUCUCUUCCUUGGCACCUAUGUCCUAUGGCAGGAGUUAUCAAAUUUCAGUGAAUCCUCAGUGUAUGAAAUGUUUAAAAGAGCAGUUCAGGGAUGGGGACCAUAGAGGCUCAUCCCACCCCGCCUACCCCCACUGCCCUCCUACUUAGAAAUCAUAGUCCCCUUACACUCCACCAGCAAGAUUUUUGGUAUCAUAUGGGGCAGUCCCACUUUGCCGACUGAAUGGAGAAGAUCCAAGGAAGACCCUGAAGCUUUCUAGCCUCACCCAGACUGUGGCCAACUGCACUCUAGCCUCUAACCAAAAGCAACAUGAACAUGCAGCACGCAAAACCCAUCCAGAAAGAGUUGAGGCUGGGCAUUCGUGGUAUCCUCAGAGUACGGAAGGGAGCUGAAAAAGUUCAGGAAGGCUCUCAUGAAUGAAGUACUUUAUUUUUUUUUAAUAUUAUAUUUAUUUUUGAGAGAGAGCGAGCGUGAGCAAGAAGGGGAGGGGGGGACAGGAUCUGAGUGAGAGCCGCACGCCCAACUCGAGUCUCAAACUCACAGACCGUGACAUCAAUACCUGAGCUGAAGUCAGACAGUCAACUGACCAAUCCAUUCAAGCGCCCCAAAUGAAGUGCUUUCACUUGGGAUAUUUGACUCCUCCAUUAGAAAAAAGAAAAAACAGUGCUUCCAAAUAGGCUCGUUAAGAAAUCCAAGAACUAACUUCCUAGAAAUUGGUCAGCAAACUGCCCCAUCCCCAAGCGGAACCUGGAGUAAGUUCUGUGCCGGGAGCAUUUCUAAGUUGCAGGUCCAGGAGCUUCUUCCUGCCCUCACCCUGAGGAUGAGCAUUCUGGCAUGUGACACCCCACAGGUGUUCCCUUGGACCUUGGUGACCCCUCACAGCCUGCCACUGGGACCCACCUGGCUUCCACAAAGCAUGAAACCUUCCCUUGGGCUCUUUCACUGUUAGGGACAUCCGGGAACUAUUAGUAAUCUUUUCAGUACGGAGGCUCUGGGGCCACCUGUGUGGAUACCCAACGGCGUCUUAGACAAAUUGGUGGUGAAAGACAAGGCUUAGUCCAAGACAUGGCAGCAGGACCUCCCCGCGGAUGGUUCCAGAAAAAGUGAGAAAUUUCUCCAAACUCCUUCAUCUCUCAUCCACUAGACGCCCUUGCGGCCGGUGUGAGCUUGGCAGUUUGCCCGUGACAGCCCCAGAAGGCCUUGCUUUGUCCAUGUUCCCCAUGCACACAGCCCCCGCUUG